AUGGAAAUCAUAGUGCAAAGCCGGAUAUACUAUUGCACCCAGCUUAAACACGGCCACAGACUGGGGGUCGUCAGAUGCCCAGUGAAAGUGACUAAGAAGCCGGAGGUUAAGGGAUGGCUGGAAUGGUUCGCUGAACUCCUUGAAGGAUGGACGGAUGGUGAGCUGCGGGUUGUCUACAGCCCCUCCGAGAAGUAUGACCGCGUAGUGAAAACAGCUACCUUGGCGGCGGGCAUCGAUGGAAUCCUGGUGAACCCAAACGUCAAGGGGGUGAGCCAGUACAAAGACUACACCGAGGCCAUGCGGAGACUCUCAACCUACAAAGAAGGCAAAGAAAAGGAGCAAGCCUUCGAGGAGGCAGGGUCGGAGGUGGCCGAGGCUCCGUCCCGACUGCCCAGCAGAGCCCCGACACCGACUCGCCCGCAGAAGCAACCUCCGAGGGAUCUGAUAGACCUGACGGUCGGCAGCGAUGACAACAACAACGAUGACGACGGAGGCAUCCCUGCUCAACCGGGUCCAUCGCGGAACGAGGAGGUCCCCCCCGAACCGUCGGAUGAGGACGACCCCGAGGGAGCACUCGUCGGCGGAUUCACAGGGGAGCAGUGGGAGGACGCAGCCAAGAGGUGGUCCCCUCAACGGGACCCGGAGCUCGGGUUUCAUCCCCGAGUCCACAGCACGGAGAGGAGGCAUCCACCGCCGCCUACAGAGACCCCAGCGGUCAGCAGUGCCGACGAGGACGAGGAGGAAUCGGACGAGGAGGAAUCGGAUGAGGAGCAGUGGGGCCCCGGCCGCCCCAAGAAGAAGACUCAGAAAUCAGAUGCCUGGAGGAUGGCCCGAGAUUUAGCCGAAAUACCACCAGGGGCCGUCAGCCUAAGGCUGCAAUCCGGACACAUGAUUUAUCAGUUUGUUGGCGGAAUAUGGGAUCUUGAGGGUGAUGGACUAGUUGUGUUCACCGAUGACAGAUACAAGAUCCACAACAAGAACUUCCGUCGCAACCUUAAGGGCCAGGCAGGAAAAUGUUACAAAACAGAUUUAAGACUGCUGGAAGCCACUUGUAGUCCAGCAACUCGAGGAGACGUAGUAGUAAUGAAAGGCUACGAUCUCCCUUAUGGCGCAGUGAUCCUAGUCCCGAUUGGCGUAUACCAAAAAGGAGAGAGUCUAGAAGAAUAUCGUAAGAAGAUGUGGCACGGACUCGAGCGGGGCCUAGUGAUGGCCAGCAACGAAGGCAUGAGAAGAGUAAUGGUGAGCGUGCAAGGACUGAGAUCACCAGAUUUACCAAGGGACACCGCCAGCGACUCGGAGGACGGAGAGGAGCAACCGGAGAUCGAACAUCCUGGAGAAGAGGAGGAAAGUGAUCACGGCAGCAUCUUCUCCGACCCAAAGCAACCACCGACAGAGCAUAAGGCACUCCGAACAGGACAGCACCGGGGUAAGAAGAAAGAAAUGGAAACCUUUGACAUCGAGAAACCUUCUGAAAGACUGGCGAGAGACGUCACCUGGGGUCCAGUACAGGCCAAGGACGGACGGCGUACGUAUGUACCCGAGGUCGGCCAAACCGAGUACCAGAUCCCGGUCCAGCUGUCAGUACGCAUGGUCACCGUCCCCUAUAAAGGAAUCUACUCAGUCGGAGCAGCCAUCAAAGUGGUACCAGACGAGCAGCCCUACGCCACCGUGUCCAGUACGGAGCCGGAGCCUCCCAAGAAGAAACCAAAAACUCACGCCUGUGAUAUGGAUUUCCAGGAGCUGCUGGCAGAGUUGGACGGCUACUGCAACAAUCCAUCAACGCUGCCAGACUUCGGCAUGGACUUGCCUUCGCCUCUGCAGCCUCCACUGGAACGUUCCACCUUUCCCGUCUCAGACCAGCAGAGCUCAGAGGUUCCCAGUUGUCCGUCUGCCCAGCAGCAUCAAACACAGCUGGACUCCAUAUUUAUGACGCUGGAGGACAACAUUGUCACUUUUCUUAAGAAUGAGCUGAAGAAGAUCCAUAAGAUUCUCAGUCCAAAUGACCCAGAAUGUUCAGAAAGUCAGAGAGAUGAUGAUGAGGUGUUGGAAGGUGAUGAUGAAGAUCAGAAGAUGAGCAGCAGAGAGGCAGUGAUGAAGAUCACACUGAACUUCCUGCGGAGGAUGAAGCAGGAGGAGCUGGCUGACCAUCUGGAGAGAAAACGUCUUGCUCCAGUUUGUCAACAUCAACUUAAAUCUGGUCUGAAGAAGAAGUUCCAGUCUGUGUUUGAGGGCAUUGCUAAAGCAGGAAGUCCAACCCUUCUGAACCAGAUCUACACAGAGCUCUACAUCACAGAGGGAGGGACUGGAGAGGUCAAUGAUGAACAUGAGGUCAGACAGAUUGAAACAGCAUCCAGGAAACUACACAGACCAGAAACAACAAUCAGACAAGAAGACAUCUUUAAAGUCCCACCUGAAAGAGAUCAACCAAUCAGAACAGUGAUGACAAAGGGAGUGGCUGGCAUUGGGAAAACAGUCCUAACACAGAAGUUCACUCUGGACUGGGCUGAAGACAAAGCUCACCAGAACAUCCAGUUCAUAUUUCCAUUCACUUUCAGAGAGCUGAAUGUGCUGAAGGAGAAAAAGUUCAGCUUGGUGGAACUUGUUCAUCAUUUAUUUAGUGAAACCAAAGAAAUCUGCAGCUUUGAACACUUCCAGGUUCUGUUCAUCUUUGAUGGUCUGGAUGAGAGUCGACUUCCUCUGGACUUCCACAACAAGGAGAUCCUGACUGAUGCUACAGAGUCCACCUCAGUGGACGUUCUGCUGACAAACCUCAUCAGGGGGAAACUGCUUCCCUCUGCUCUCCUCUGGAUAACCACAAGACCUGCAGCAGCCAAUCAGUUCCCUCCUCAGUGUGUUGACAUGGUAACAGAGGUCAGAGGGUUCAAUGAUCCACAGAAGGAGGAGUACUUCAGGAAGAGAUUCAGAGAUAAGGAGCAGGCCAGCAGGAUCAUCUCCCACAUCAAGACAUCACGAAGCCUCCACAUCAUGUGCCACAUCCCAGUCUUCUGCUGGAUCACUGCUACAGUUCUGGAGGAUGUGUUGGAGACCAGAGAGGGAGGAGAGCUGCCCAGAACCCUGACGGAGAUGUACAUCCACUUCCUGGUGGUUCAGACCAAAGUGAAGAAGGUCAAGUAUGACGGAGGAGCUGAAACAGAUCCACACUGGAGUGCAGAGAGCAGGAAGAUAAUUGAGUCUCUGGGAAAACUGGCUUUUGAUCAGCUGCAGAAAGGAAACCUGAUCUUCUAUGAAUCAGACCUGACAGAGUGUGGCAUCGAUAUCAGAGCAGCCUCAGUGUACUCAGGAAUGUUCACACAGAUCUUUAAAGAGGAGAGAGGGCUGUACCAGGACAAGGUGUUCUGCUUCGUCCAUCUAAGUGUUCAGGAGUUUCUGGCUGCUCUUCAUGUUCAUCUGACCUUCAUCAACUCUGGGGUCAUCUUGAUGGGAGAAACACAAACAUCUAAGAACCUUUCCGUAUUUACAUUCUUUAUUGAAAACCCUCUCCAUCAGAGAGCUGUUGACCAGGCCUUACAGAGUCCAAAUGGACAUCUGGACUUGUUCCUCCGCUUCCUCCUGGGACUUUCACUGCAGACCAAUCAGAGACUCCUAAAAGGUCUGCUGACAAAGACAGGAAGUAGUUCACAGACCAAUCAGGAAACAGUUCAGUACAUCAAGGAGAAGAUCAAUGAGAAUGUGUCUGCAGAGAAAUGCAUCAAUCUGUUCCACUGUCUGAAUGAACUGAAUGAUCGUUCUCUAGUGGAGGAGAUCCAACAGUCUCUGAGUUCAGGAAGUCUCUCCACAGAUGAACUGUCUCCUGCUCAGUGGUCAGCUCUGGGUUUCAUCUUAGUGUCAUCAGGAAAAGAUCUGGAUGUGUUUGACCUGAAGAAAUACUGUGCUUCAGAGGAGGUUCUUCUGAGGCUGCUGCCAGUGGUUAAAGCCUCCAACAAAGCUCUACUGAGUGACUGUAACCUCUCAGAGAGAAGCUGUGAAGCUCUGUCCUCAGUUCUCAGCUCCCAGUCCUCCAGUCUCAGAGAACUGGACCUGAGUAACAACAACCUGCAGGAUUCAGGAGUGAAGCUUCUCUCUGCUGGACUGAAGAGUCCAAACUGCAUCAUGGAAACUCUCAGACUGAGUGUCUGUAACCUCUCAGAGAGAAGCUGUGAAGCUCUGUCCUCAGUUCUCAGCUCCCAGUCCUCCAGUCUCAGAGAACUGGACCUGAGUAACAACAACCUGCAGGAUUCAGGAGUGAAGCUUCUCUCUGCUGGACUGAAGAGUCCAAACUGCAACCUGGAAACUCUCAGGGUGGAGCCUGCUGGAGUCCCAUUCUUGACACCAGGUCUGAGGAAGUAUUCCUGUCAACUCACCAUCGACACAAACACAGUGAGCAGAAAACUCAAACUGUCUGAAGACAACAGGAAGGUGACAUUUGUGGAGGAGCUUCAAUCAUAUCCUGAUCAUCCAGACAGAUUUGAUAACUAUCCGCAGCUGCUGUGUAGAACUGGUCUGACUGGUCGCUGUUACUGGGAGGUCGAGUGGAGAGGAGAUGUUGAUAUAUCAGUGAGUUACAGAAGAAUCAGGAGGAAAGGAAACAGUAAAGACUCUGCAUUUGGAUAUAAUGAUCAUUCAUGGAGUCUGAGCUGCUCAGAUGUUGAUGGUUACUCUGUCUGUCACAAUUACAGAGGAACUGGUCUCUCCUCCUCCUCUGUCUCUAACAGAGUAGCAGUGUAUGUGGACUGUCCUGCUGGCAUUCUGUCCUUCUACAGAGUUUCCUCUGACUCACUGAUCCUCCUCCACACCUUCAAGACCACAUUCACUGAACCUCUGAUUCCUGGAUUCUGGUUCUGGUCCAGUUCUGGUUCCUCU